AUGGCGUCGACGCUCGCUGCGUACUCAGCUGGUGCAUAUGCACUAGCCUCGGGCCCAUUGAGACGCCAAUGGCAGAUCAGCGACACACAGUUUAAUGCUGGUAUCACUAUCUUCACGGCCGGCUUCGGCUGUGCGCCUAUGAUUCUUGCCCCGAUCUCUGAGAUCCAUGGUCGUUAUUGGGUUUUUAUCGGAUCGGGGGUUGUAUUCUUUCCCGGUACUCUGGGAUGCGCCAUCACGGAAAGUUACGCUGGUAUCAUGGUAUCGAGAUUCGUCACCGGGAGCGGUGCGGCUGUUUUUGCGACGCUUACGGGAGGCGUUGUCAGUGAUUUAUAUCACAAAAAGGAUCGCAAUACACCAAUGGCUUUGUAUUCCCUCUCGAUCAUGGUCGGCACAGGUCUGGGACCACUGAUCAGUGGAAUCGUGGUUGAUCGUCUAAGCGUGAAAUGGAUAUUUUUUCUCCAGCUCAUCACGAUAGGAAGUACCACUGCGAUGCUAUCUCUCCUGUUUGACGAAACAUCAGCACCGUGUCAUUUGAGGAGAAAGUGCCACGCUUUGAACAAAAUGCGGUUCCAGACUGCGUCUGGGGAAACAGUCAUCUUCUCCUCAUUGCUGGGAGAGACUCUGAAACUGGACAUCAGCAUCAUCUGGGCGCAGCUUUGCUUUCCCUCUCAAGCUACUUGUGACUGA